AUGACAAUUGUAACAUUACUUGAAGAUUAUCUUUCUCAAAAGUUAUUGUCUAAUGAGCUACAAGUACAUCUUGAUGAGGCUAUUAAAAGAUCAUUGACAGAUCACGUCUUUCGGUUGGAAUUGGGAGCAUCACAAGACUUUUGGAGCUUAGCAUUAAAGACAUUGCCAAGAUUGGCCGAGGAUCCCAAUGGAAUUCACAGUUUGAUUGGAGUUGUUAAGCUUAUACGUAAUUGUGUGGCAGGCCAGUUAGAAAAUCAGAAAUUGGCCUGUCAAAAUGGAGCAAUUGAAUCGAUUGAGACUGUUUUAGAAAAAAACCGGGAUGGUUCAGAAGAGAGAGUCCUUCUUCUUCAGGUUGGUACACAGUCUAUUUGUAAUAUAAUCACUGGAAACCCAACUGGACUGGAAGUAUGGAAAGUGUGGAUGACAACAAAGAGAGGAACAUUGUGGAGUACAUUGGUUUGCAUGGAAGAUGAAAAGGUGGUAAUGAGUGUAUUGGUGCUUGUGCUCAAUAGCAUCCGGAACUCCACUGAGAAUAGCAAGCUGCUUGCUAUGACUGAAAACGGGCAUCAGAUUGUUCAUGGGAUAUUGGGGGACUUGGAAAGACUACACGACAACGAAAGCAAGAAUUUCGAAUUGGGAUGUACUGUCAUUCGUCAGCUUGUAAACGGCGGUUAUUUUGUAGAUUUAUUAAAUGCUGUAGGCGAUAAAUCUGGUUUGAAUGGUCGACAGAUCAUCUUGAUCAAGCUUGUAGAUUCGCAAACCCACACACACAAGGACUCCUUCCCAGAAUUUAUGAGACACAGGGAACUUGAAGCUCUCUGUAAUCUCCUUAAAUUAUUAUCUCAGCGUGCCGUCCUGGUGAUUAAGCAGGUGCAGGCAAGCGAAGCCGACCAGAAAUCCGACCUAGAGGUGGAAGACGUAUCUCAGGUGUACACCGGUCUUGUGUUGGUAUUGCAGAUUUUGACAACUUUGAACAUGGCAGAAGUUGAGCAGCAAAAAAGCCUCAAGAGACUUUUGGUCCAAAAAGAGACUCUUGACUCAGUGACAGAUCUACUUGGACAGCUUGAAACCAUUCCUUUUACGGCCAGAAAACCAACUGGAAGUGAAACAGUCAAAAACGAUGACCCAGAGGCUUCAAAGCUUGGGUUUGAUUAUCUGAAGCGUGAAUGCGUGAGAUUUAUCGGUGCAAUGUGCUUUAAAGACUUUGAUAUGCAAGAAAAGAUUCGUCAUAUUGGAGGCAUUCCGCUUAUCCUCAGUCAAUGCAGAAUCGACGAUAAUAACCCAUACAUUCGUGAGUAUGCGGUCUUGGCUAUUCGUCAUAUACUAGAGAACAAUCCAGAGAAUCAGAGGCUUAUAGAAGAGAUGAAGCCCAUCGCAGCCGCCCAGACACCCGAAUUGGAUGAGAUGGGACUCAAAGCGACCCUGGUCGAUGGCAAAGUCAAAUUGACAAAGGCCAGAUUAGACGACAAUGAAUGA